AUGUCUAGUCAAAACUCUACCGUCCUAUUAAAUAGGUUGUUUUCUUUAAAGGAAAGUUCCCCCUUUAUACUAGUUUUGGAUUCAUUAAUUCAAUCUUCAUAUAAUGUCCUUAAAGAAUUCGCAUAUAAAAGUUCUAACAACAAAAUCAUAUAUAUUUCAUUUGAAACGUUAAAUAGGCCUUCAUAUGCUAGUUCAUUCAUAGAAUGUUUAGGAAUUAGUGCAGCAGAAGUCAGUGAUAAAAUCAAAUCAGAAGUAUUGGGAGUUGGAGAAACAACAACAAGCAAAUGCUUAGUUAUAGUCGAUUCAUUGAAUUAUAUUGCAAACGAUGAACUAGCCCAUUUUAUAUCCAGCACGAUACUGCCAAAUGUUACAUUGGUUGGUGUUUUCCACACAAAUGUGCCACAACCUCAUAGUAACGUUAUGAACUAUCCAUCUUCUUUAAAUUUGUUGUCGUACAUUGCCAGUUCUAUCUUUGAAAUAGAACCAUUGCAUCAAGAUAAAAUAGACGAAGAAGCACUUGAUAAUAAAAUAAGUAGAUUGCAAUUUCCAAUAAAUUGUUCAUUAAACAGUACCACUUACAAGCUCACACUAACCAACAGAAGAAAAUCAGGUAGAUCGUUAAUUUAUCAAUUUAUUGUGAACUCGGUAACUCACACAUAUGAAGUUUUCAAGGAAUCCAAGGAGGAAGAUAUCGACCCAGAAGAUGAAAGUAUGUUAAAGGGCUUAACAACAUUUAACUUAACUACCAGCUCUAAGCAAAAACUUGCUAGAGAACAAGUUGAGCUUCCAUUUAUGCAAGCACAAGAGGCUUUGGGUUCAUCAGGAGGAGCGAUUGUAUACGAAUUUGAAAAAGACGAUGAUUACGAUGAGGAGGACCCUUAUGAAGAUCCUUUCUAG